UAGAUGCUGAAAGUUUUCUUGAAUAAAUCUUUAAACAAAAAACUACUGAAAUGCUUGUGGGAACAGUGACAUGUUUUGUGUUGUAGGGAGUGCCCAGUGCCAGCAGCUCCCAUUCAGAAGCAGCGAUGCUUCCGUCUUCUUUGUCCCCAACACCAUUGUCCUCAUCUCUAAGAAGGCCUGAAGCACCACAAGUAGUGCUUACCAGCUCACCCCCAGCAGCAUCAGCUUCACCCCAAACUGAGAGACCAGCUGUCACUGGGCCCAACCACCCUAGUCCCGCUGACUUUGUGGAGGUUCUCUCUGAGGUCAGGAGGGUGGAGGAGCGAUUACGUCCCUUCAUAGAGAGAACCCACUCAAUCCUCGGAGCUGCCACCUCAGCAGACUACAACAACAAUACCCAGGAAAGAGAGGAAGAUCAGCGCAUUCUUAACCUGGUUGGAGAUGCUCUUCGUCUCUUAGGGAUCACACUGGUUGUCCUUGGUGACCUACGCUGUAACCUGGGAACCUCUCCUCCACGUCACCUGUAUGCAGUUGGCCCCUUGGCUCACUACAACCACCCAGUUCUGCUUCAGGCUAAUCUGCCAGUAGGUUCACACCACACUGAUCUUUUGGCUACUGUGAAGAACUAUUGUGUUAGGAUAUAGUGUAAUAACCGUAACAAUUAUAACAUGCAAGCAAUGGAUAGUGUUUGAAUUGUACCGAAUAUAAUAUCUUUAUCUGCCAUUGUAAAGGUGUACAGUGGAAUUAGAUUUUCAGUAGGUUCAUACAAUUAAGACACAUUUAAUUUAAUUUAAUUGAUUAGGAUUGAAAAGGGACCAUGUACAAUAUAAGCAUUUUAUAAGAGUUUGCUUAGAGCUAAUUUGCAUAUGCAGUCCCUCGGCAGGUUAAAAAGCAAAACGUUACAGCAGUUAAAUAUCACUAG